AUGCCGCAUACCAAAGUUGACCCCGCCAUCAUCGAGGCACUUGGCCUUGACCCCACCAAUGCUGUUAUUCACUCUCAUGGCGGAUCAGGCUUUGCGGGCACAUUCAAGAUAAAGGCCGCCAAGGAUGGAAACCCAGUCAACUAUUUUGUCAAGACGGGUGUGGGGAAAGAAGCAGAGGUCAUGUUUAGAGGUGAACAUGCCUCUUUGAACGCCAUAGCUGACACGGUACCCAACUUUUGUCCGCGAUCUCACGCUCACGGCGCCUUAUCCGAUCGUCCAGGCCAUUACUUCAUGGCGACUGACUUUCUAGAUCUGGGUUCUUCGGCUCCUGGUGGUUCAGGAAAGACUCUCGCAUCAAAGGUUGCGCAAAUGCACACAACGUCCGCGCCUAUCCCAGAAGGCCAUGAUAAGCCCAUGUUUGGAUUCCCAGUGCCGACAUGUUGCGGUUCCACAGAACAAGACAACUCCUGGCGAGCAUCGUGGGCUGAGUUCUAUGCUGAUAACCGUCUAAGACACAUCGCUCGUCAAGCGGUGCGCAACAAUGGCGCUGACCCUGAACUGGAAGAGGCUGUAGAGCAAGUUGCUGGAAAGGUGGUACCGCGAUUGAUCGGCGACGAUGUUGUAAAAAACAUCAAACCUGUGGUCAUCCAUGGUGAUCUUUGGAGUGGAAAUCACUCCAAGGGACAGAUUGCAGGACAAGGUGGUUGUGAAGAAGUUGUUUAUGACCCAUCGGCUGUGUAUGGUCACUCUGAAUUCGAACUUGGCAUCAUGUCGAUGUUUGGCGGUUUCAGCAAUCACUUCUGGAAAGAGUAUCACGAGUUCGUACCAAAAGCUGAACCUGUGGAUGAAUGGCCAGACCGAGUAAGGCUGUACGAACUAUACCACCAUCUCAACCACUUUGCCAUGUUCGGCGGAGGCUACAGAGGAGGCGCAAUGUCCAUCAUGAGGAAACUCAUCAGCAAGUACGCAUAA